AUGAUGACCACACUGGUGCAAACCACGCUUCUCUCUCUAGCACUCGUCCUGCUGGGCAGCACCGUUCCCGUCCAUGCCGAUGCUGCGGGUGCGGUACCAUUGCCGAAUUUCAAGGUAGACCCGCAACCUCUGGCCAGCACGUUUUACUGGUUCUCCUCGGUCGAAGUCGGCGUUUGCUACAACCCGCAAGCUCGCGUUGGCAGCAUCAAAGGCGCUCUUCACUGCACACACCAAGAAAACUACGACAGGGACAACAAUUCGUACACACUGCCGCAAACGUGCGUGGCGCUCAAGCCGCUUGGAAAAGCAUUUUCGAGCAACGUGCGCGACUCGUGUACCAAUGCCAAAGGUAUCUUCAAUGUGAUUGUGCCCGCUUCGUCCAAUGCUCUUGGAUCUCAGGCUUACGAUGCGGUUCAAGCCAAGGGUGGCACUGGAGGAACCGGCACUGACGACGACACCUCGGCCCCAGACUCUAACGACCAGGAGAAGAAGGGCGGCGGCCUGCUAGGAGGAAUCGGUAGCAUGUUUGGCAUGUAA